GCCGUGGUUAAGCUGCUGCUCGGCACAGGCAAGGUCGACGUCGAUAGCAGGAACGGGUACGGGCAAACGCCGCUAUCAAAUGCCGCGGAAAAGGGGCACGAAGCCGUGGUUAAGCUGCUGCUCGGCACAGGCAAGGUCGACGUCGAUAGCAAGGACAACUACGGGCAAACGCCGCUGUCAAGGGCCGCGGGGGGCGGGCACGAGGCCGUAGUCAAGCUGCUGUCGAAGGAUGGGGACGGACUCAUUGCGAAGCUUCUCAAAUAAUGACUUUACCACCUCCCCACCCACCACCUAUUACAUGCCCUUACUUAUAUACCUAAAGCGUGGCAAAUAGAUGGCCAAGAAUAUGAAAGAACGUUGCUAAGCCAAUGUUUGUUAGAUGACGACAGCUCCGUGUGGCAAUAUCACUGCCCAGGUGUGAUGUGCUGAAAGGGAGCACGUGACUA